UACCGUUUGUUCUGCUCGCGCUGUAGCGGGCCAAUACUGUGGAUUCGGUGGCUGUCGGUAUCAGUGUUUGUGUAAUUUCCGUCCGGGAACUUCCGCAGGCCGCCAUUGAACCAAGGGACGAAGCUUCCCUCUGAGGGGCUCGCCAACAAAAAGGACAUGUCCAUCGAUGAAGACAGAAACCACGUUGUGUUCAAGCUCGUGCUCACUGGAGGCCCUUGUAGCGGGAAAACAACUGGCCAGGCGAGAUUGAGUACGUUCCUGGAAAACUAUGGCUGGAAGGUGUACAGAGUGCCUGAAGCCGCUACCAUCCUGCUGGGUGGAGGAAUUCGGUUCCCGGACCUGAACGAAGCGCAGACCGAAAACUUUCAGGAGAACCUAUUGCUGACGAUGAUGGCCAUGGAGAAGACAUUUUUCGAUCUCGCGCACUCCUCCAACCACAACUGUGUCGUCAUCUGCGAUCGAGGAACCAUGGAUCCUUCGGCAUUCAUCCAGCGGCAUGUUUGGAAUCGAAUAUUGAGCCGCAAUUCGUUCAACGAAAUAGACUUGCGAGACAACAGGUACAAUCAGAUUGUGCAUUUAGUUUCGGCGGCGAAGGGUGCAGAACGUUUUUACAGUUUAGACGACAACGCUGCCCGCUCAGAAGAUUUGGAACUCGCUCGGGAACGAGAUGAACUGGCUAGUAAAGCUUGGGUUGGUCAUCCCUACAUCGAGGUCAUCGACAACUCGACAGACUUCGACACGAAAAUGCGGCGCUUGAUCGAUUGUGUUUGUCGCAAAAUCGGCGUCCCGCUCGGAGACCGUUUCGCUCCCAAUAGCCGCAAAGUUAAAUUUCUCGUUAAAAGCCUUCCGAGUGACGACGUUUUCCCUACCUUCCAAGACUUUGAGGUUGUGCACGACUACCUGAUUUCCCCAGACCCCCAUCAUGUUCAAGGUCGUUUGCGGAAACGCGGCCAGAACGGUAUUUGGUCCUAUACACAUACACAGAGGAAGCGAGAAAACCCGGAUUCGCAAGUGAUCGAGCUCAAGCGUACCAUAGCUCACCGUGAUUAUAUCAAUAUGUUGGCUCAGAGAGAUCCGAACCAUUUGACAGUGUUCAAACGACGACGGUGUUUCAUAUGGAACAACUAUUCGUUCCAAUUGGAUAUGUAUAAGGAGCCGUGCAACCCAAAAUGCAGGGGCCUGAUUAUUUUAGAGGUUUACACUUCAUGCGAGGACACUUCGACUAUUCCCCCGGAAUGGCUCGACGUCAGUCACGAAGUCACGCACGAUCCGAAAUAUUCAAUGUUCAUCUUAUCGAGAACAGAAACAUCCACGACACAGCAAGAAGCUAUUAUAAUGGUGAAUGGUGCGUCGAAAAGGAAUUCAAAGGCCUGAUGACCCCUCACGGAGUUCGUUCAGUGCCCCUGAUGAUGGAUUCACUCCCAUUGCACUGCUUCCAAAUGGUUGUACACGCCUGUGUGAGGCUCUUGUCAUUGUCUAUCGUUCACUUAUCUCCUUGAAGGAUCGUGUUGAGAAAAGUUCCUCUUGUAGAUCGUUGCCCUACAACACUCAUACAAAUUUUACCAACCGAUAAUAAAGUGAUCCUGGUAUCAUUUACCGCAGUUGCCCAAGAAAUAA